CACCACGCUUGAAGGGGACACACACUCACCCACACCACCUACACACUCGCUCAUCCACGCACUACGCACUCACACGCUCACCCUCACUCGCCCACACACCAAUAACCCAAUACUACUACGUAGUACACACACUACUCGCUAGGUAUAUUUAUGAGAUGCACGAGACGUCGGAAACCCAGCCUCUUUUGCAGGUUACGAAGUCGGCCGGCCUGGCAACUUCUCACGGGACCUCGAGGUCAGGGCCACCCGCAUGUAAGAUAUCCGCGACGAUACAAAACGAGUGGGUUCCCCACGGACCCGUAUAAUCUAACCCAAUGUUACCGGAGGCUCUUCCGGGCGAGGGCCGAGAUGGGGAGAAACAAAGUCUCUUGUUUUGACCUGGAGCGGCAGCACCUCGACGUACAUACCUACCCCCUCAUGGCAUCCAUACCCUACAACCACUCCUGCUUACACACAUACCUUGCUUUCCUACACGUCCUCCGCAUGCACGCACACAUACAUGCAUUAUAUACGAGGUUGGUCAGGUUCUGUAUGCGGCCUAUUGGGCGUCGGCAAGGUAUGUGUGUAUGUGUGUAUGUAGGCAGUAGCAAGAGAAGCAAUAAUAAUAAAAGACGAAAGCCGUUUCUCGCUCCAUUUUAUCGCUCGAGCCCUUUCCCUUUCCUCAACUUCCCCCCAGAGUCUGGUCCCACGGCUGAGAGGCAGGCUGAUUUAGUAUUGUUUUUUUCUGCUUCUUUUCAUUCUUCUUAAUUCUUCCUUCGGUUUAAUUUUUGUGAAUCCUUCCGGAUCGAGUAAGGCUGAGCAACUCGGGAUUCCCGCUUUCUUCCGCUUCUUCUACCUAUUCACCAUCGGCCGUAUUAGUUAAUUCCGCCCUUCCACCCCCCUUGUUGAUAUCGUGGCUGGUGAGAGCAGCUUGGGGCGUUGCACAGCUAUCUGUCUGCCGAAUUACUCAAUCGCAACCCACUCUGCCGACGAGCCCGCUCCAGGCCAAGGAGGCACGGCAGGACCGCUGAGGGGUUUUUCAGAAAUCGAUCCUACCGUGGCCACAUCUACCCAGAGAAUUUCAAUUCCAGGCAAUCGGA